CGGAGUCGAUAUACUUGGCGAGUUCAGACUCUAAUUUUUCUCUAAUUGCAAGUUUUUUAUUUAGCAUUUCCUCCACACGUUUUCCAUCGUGCUCAGCAGGAAAAAAAACGUGUCUGAAUGAAUCAAGCCACAUUCAUCUACGAUAAAGAACGCUACGUUUCCACAAUUUAGUACUGUGACCGUACACGAUUCGUAAGAUCGGUGCAAAGAGAUUGCUUUUGCUCAUUGUUACUGAAUAGUGUGUAGUCUAGAUUUUGAGUUAAGGUAAUUGUUCAGACGAAAAGUUGUUUUGUGUAUUAAUAUGGCUCCUUUCCUGCUGCCUGAGCCCAACUGCUAGUGCAACAGCUGGUUAACUCCGUUCAUCUCUUAGUAUUCGGUUAAAUUCUGUCUGAACCAGUAUCACUUUCGCUGCGCUGAAAUCGCGUAUCUUAUCACCGAUAUUUAGCUGCAUUAGAUACUCAAACUCCCAGAAUCUUUGAAACAGACGCAAGAUUUCUAGAAAUUUUAAUAAAACCAUAAAUAAUUAAUAAAACCAUAAAUUUAUUUAUGGGCAUCACGGGGAAACGUAUCUGGGGCAGCAAUAAAAUUCUAGAGUGCUAAGGUGGAUGAGAGCAACCAGUAUUGAGUUGCACUUAUUAAAGGAAUAUUUAAAAUAAAUGCAUAACGUGGACAUAACUUAUUAGCAACUAAAAGUUCCUUGAAAAGUUUGGAAGUUUAGUGAAUGGAAUCCCUACAAUGGUGACAUGUGGACUCAGUGCGAAUAGCUCCCGUUUCUAACAGAUACUAUGGAAUAUUUCCUCGCGGUUUCGUCGAGUUAUAUAGCCAAACUGUACAAACAACAUUUAUUUAACUCCUCUGUAUAAUUAAUUCACAUAUCCAAAAACACUCGUUUACUUACGAAAUAACACUAAUUUGUUGAGAUAAAGAUGAAGAAAGAGUCGUAUCUCGUCGGCCAAGUGUACAAAAGAAGAUGAUAGCAUUCAAUACUCUAAUAUUUUUUCGGUACCAGAGUAACUUGUUCUUAUGCCUUACUGUGUUUUGGGCCUAUAGCUACCUCUACUAGUCGCGAUCGGUAUAAAUAAAACUUAAAAUCCAAUCAUGUCUUAUUGCUAUUCGAACCGUAACCGUAAGCUCACCCUAAUCAUGGCUAGUGGUGGUUUAGUGUUAGUGUUUUUACUAAUUGUAGCUACUUUUGGGUCAACUAUAGGCCUGAGAAAAACAAGAGGUCGGGGCCUAACCAGCACUGUAUCGCCUGAAAGGCAAAUCCACCCUGAUAAGGAGUUGCAGUUAGUUCAUUUGGUCUAUCGCCAUGGCCCGCGAACUCCAGCUGAUACUUACCCAAAUGAUCCAUACUUCAACGAAACAUUCAGUCCGGUUGGAUGGGGUCAAAUUACAAACGGAGGAAAGCGAACUCUUUAUAAAAUAGGCCAAUGGUUGAGGAAGCGCUACGAUACCUUCUUAGGAAGACACUAUAUGCCGGAUUUACUCCAUGCUCAAGCCACUGGCGUUUCACGAACACAUAUGUCUCUAGCAACAGUGCUGUCUGGUAUGUGGCCACCCAAGAAUACUCCUAUGGAAUGGAACCGAGCUUUGAAUUGGCAGCCAAUUCCUAUAUAUUCCCAAGCUUUAGACGAGGAUACUCUUCUCCUAGUACGUACGUCAUGCCCACGGUAUUAUGAAGCUGUAGAAGAAGUAUUGCAACUUCCUGAAGUCAAAUCUGUGAUUGAUAAAUAUCGACCGAUGAUGAAGCAACUAGAAAAGAUCACCGGAAUGAAAAUAAAAACUCCAGAGGACGUUGGUUCAUUGUUCAGUACAUUGAAGGCUGAGCAGGAAUAUGGACUAGAAUUGCCACCAUGGACUAAGGAAUAUUUCCCUGAUAAACUCAUUGAAUUGAGUGAAUUAAGCUAUAUCUAUAAUGUUUACACUGAUGAACUUCAACGAGUUAAGGGAGGUCCCUUCCUAAAAAAAAUGUUCAAGGAAUGGGUCGAAAAACGUGACAAUAAGCUAAGCCCCAAAGAUCGAAAACUAUUCAUUUACACUGGCCAUGAUUCGACGGUAGUGAACAUUCUGAGUGCUUUAAAAAUUUGGGAACAACAAUACCCCGUCUACGCAAUUAUGAGCAUGUUCGAGCUGUACAAAGAUAAGAAAACUGGCGAAUAUGGAGUUGAGGUCUACUUAAGAAACACUACAGCCGGAGAACCAACACCACUCACAAUUCCCGGUUGCACAUUCCAUUGCCCAUUGGACAAAGUUAUCGAACUAGCACAGCCCAUAGUCAAGGAAGAGGCAUCCUGUACAGCCAAAAACUCGGAAUUCACCGAACCACCGCCAAGCGGACCGUAAGCCUUAACUAGGAGAAUUUCAAACGUAAUUUUAAUGAUAGGCUAUUUUUGUAAAAAGAUAAACUUGAAAUAUGUUCAAUUAUUACUUUUUAUUUGUAAUGAAAGUAUAUUUUGAUACUUUA